ACCGAAACGGUGAUUUGUCUCUGUUUCCCCCUCCUGGUGGAAUGGUUGUGCCGGCUGCGUGUGAGUGAAGAUGGCUGCGAGCUGCGUGUGUUUUAAGAACUGAAUAUCUGCUCCUGUUGUCAUUUUAAAAAGUUACCAAAUAGUUGAAGAGGAGUUAAACGAACCGCACAACAUAGUUACGCAAAUGACCAAUGACAAGGACAUUGAAGCCGUUGGCAAAACGCUGGUGGACACGAAGCAGUGUCUGAAAGCUCGUUUUCGGGCGCUCUUCACCCUGAGGAACCUCGGGGGCAAGGCAGCCAUAGACUGGAUAAGCCAGGCGUUCAGUGACGACUCGGCUCUCCUGAAACAUGAGCUGGCUUUCUGCUUGGGGCAGAUGCAGGAUGAGUAUGCAAUUCCAGUCCUGAUCAAAGUGCUUGAAGAUACAAACCAAGAGCCAAUGGUUAGACACGAAGCAGGGGAGGCAUUAGGAGCCAUUGGAAACUCCAGAGUGCUGGAUGUACUGAAGCGCUACUCUGAGGAUCCGGUGAUAGAGGUUGCCGAGACCUGUCAGUUGGCGCUGAGUAGAAUUGAGUGGCUGAACAGUGCUUCGGAGCAGUGUGGAGAUGAGAACCCGUAUUUGUCUGUGGACCCCGCACCGCCGGCCCAGGAGAAGGACGUCCAGAAGCUGAGAGCCAGGCUCCUGAGCGAGGCCUUGCCUCUGUUUGAGCGCUACCGCGCCAUGUUCGCCCUCCGGAACCUGGGCACGGAGGAGGCUGUGCUCUCCCUGGCAGACGGUCUGCAGUGUGGCAGCGCCCUGUUCCGCCACGAGAUCGGUUAUGUCCUGGGGCAGAUGCAGCACGAGGCCAGCGUGCCCCACCUGAGCGCGGCUCUGGCCAGGCAGGAGGAGAACGCCAUGGUGAGGCACGAGUGCGCGGAGGCUCUGGGCUCCAUCGGAAAGGAGUCCUGUCUGCAGGCACUGCGAACCUUCCUGGGUGACGAGGAGAGGGUGGUGCAGGAGAGCUGUGAGGUGGCACUCGACAUGCAUGAGUAUGAGAACAGUGACCAGUUCCAGUAUGCAGACGGGAUACUCAAACUGCAGGGGGCGCAAUAGUGAACUGACUGACAGAAGUUUUUGCUUGCAAACUGAGUCCUGUUCCAUAACAGUUUCAGUCUAGCUAACACGGCUUCGCACUAUAGCUAUGGAGGCCCAAAUUUUUUCUGCCUUUUUUUUUUCAUUCUGACAUCUGUUUUUUACAUUUAAAAAACAAGAGUGUAAUUUAUUUAUAAGCAGUACAAGUUUGGGUGCAUUUGCCAUAUGCAGCAGAUAGUAAAAUCAAGGUAUAUAAUUAUACUGCGAAACAGCAGGUCUGUUGUUACAGAUGGGUAAAAUCUAACUGUUGUUGGUUCUAUGUUAAAAAGAAUUGGUUGGGAUAAAAAAAUGCAUAUAUGUAGCCUUGGUAUGUUAUAUAUAUACCUUUUUGCAUGCUUUCUAGUAGUUCAUUAUACAUCAAAGUUCUAUCCGAUAAUGCCCACCUGACCACCAGAAAUGAUCGCACCUUGAAUGCACGUGUACUGCAAAUGGGAUUAAGCCAGUGUUAAAUAAAAGAUGAUGUGCAGUGAACAUUUCUUCUUCAGUCUUACUGUGUGACACCAUUAAGCUGUCUCCCUGUUAAUUCAUUAAGCCCUGCGCUAAGAGGAGGAGCACGAGGCGGCACUAGAAAUGAGUUUGUGAGUCAACAGUACAUUUAACGUGAAAAUGUUGGUAGUGCAUUUUUUAUUUUAUAAGAUUACCUACUUUUGUACGGGUUGGUUAUACUUUGCAGUGCUGCUGUGGGAGAGGCAACGUUUACAGCAGAGCAGUUACAGGAAGGAGGAGGCACCAUGUGACAUCAGAGUCGUACUCGCUGCUUUAACUGCUUGUUAAGCAACAGCAGUAACAAGCAUGAGAAUGAUUUGUGUAUAAAAUCAUUUAUGGGAUAAAGUAUCUUAACCUGAAGAGAGCUUUCUCGUUAGGAGUCAUUUCUGACAGGCAGGGCUAUGGGGCCCAUCACCCUCUAAAGGUGAGCUGUAGAAGGGGAGAGGAGGAAAGAAUAGCUGCAAACUUCUCAAGUAAUGUCGCCAUUUAUCUCUUGAGAAGUGUUCCCUCAUGAAGAUAACAGCAAGAACAUAGCAUUUUCACAAGGGCACAAAACCCGUUCAUGGGUGGCAUCUUUCACAGCCAAAUACACUUACGAAGGCACUUGCCAAACCUUCACGACGCAUGCCACGCACAGAAUCGAAAAUUAGAGAUCAAGGGUUAUCCAAGGGUUUUGGGUUAAAACGGUAAAAUCCUAAACCAGGCAAGCCAGAUUGGUAACGACAGGCUUGUGAGAUUGCAUGAGUUGUACUCGCCUUGAUACAGCAAUCGCGUGAAAGUGUUAGUCCGUGUGACGGCUGUGUUAGACUAUUCUCGCCAUCAGUGACUGUCAGUGGGAGAGGAAGAGAUUAUUAACAAGGCAUCAAAUAAAGAAACAGAUGAUCAGAACAAAUCUGUUCUACAAAUAAGGGUGUAUGCUGCUUAAUCAACACACUUCCUUAAACCAUUAGAGAGUGACUUGAUACUUGUGUGGAAUAUCACAGUUAUCCUGACCUUCGUAUCUCACUUUCGGUUCAAUUCAUCACAUCUGUUAGAGCUAUGAUGAGCAUCACUGUGGCUUCAAAACAUGCCUAUAGAUCAGCUGGUCAUUUUUAGUGCAUUCUAUAUGGCUUGCUAAAUGGGGAGCAAAGUUUUGGGUUUGACCAUGGAUUGUGAGUUUGAAAGUUUCUGUUAAAAUGUUCAUGCCAACCACCGUGGUCACACUCUUGCUGCCAUCAACAGCAGUUUCUUGUGUGGCCAGGCCUUAAGGAUACAAACAUGUCUCUUUGCCUGUGUUAUCACCAUAUUAGUAAUGCAUUUAGUAAACAAGCACACAGCCAGCCAACAGACUAAAUGAGAGGGCCAGAGCGGGAUUAGGAGCAGGGAGGGAUAGAGGAUCAUAAGCAGAAAGUAUUAACGACAAUGAGAAGUCUACGAAUAAGCAACAUUCAACAAACCUCUACUGAGAGAGAGAGCAGCGGACCUGAAAAUUUUUUAUCAAACAACAGAAUAAUGCAUCCUAUCAUGAUUGGGAUUUGCGUGGUAAACAUAACCCUGACCAUCACGUACUGGUCAUUCGUCAUGGCCGAAGUCAUUUCGAAAGGAGGAAAGGUUGAGGAGGAGAGAAAACCUAACCCAGCUUAAAAAAAAAAGAGAUGCCACUAGACAAGCAAGCCUCGGUUCAGUGCUUCUAACUAAUUAUGUAAAGUCCACAGCUUCUGCAGUUAAUGUGUGGGCUCCCUGCUGAUAGCAGCCCCUAGAAGAGAACUGGGGGUAUUUUAUUAGACUCUUUCACCAUUUUUUCUUGCUUUUUUUUUUUUGUCUAGAUUGUAAUGGAUCCAAAGUAUUGGCCUUUGAGCAAUUGCACCCAUUUUGUGUUUUUAUUUUUUAUUUGGCGGUGGUUGUCUAUCCUGAAGAUUUAAAGACCGGGAAAACUGAGAUAGAGAAAGCUGGAUGGAUCACAAAAAGGUCUACGGUUGGAAUCAAGCACACCCUGUUCUUCUCAAGACAAAGUGUCCAGCUUUAUAAGGUAAAGUGUCUCUGGACUAAGCAAAAAUGGCAAAGGUCGCAGAAGUCCUGCUAUUUUCAAUAUUAAAAGAAUAAAUUAUAUGAAAUUUGAGAAGAGGGCAGAGACAAGUAAGAGACCCGAGACUCACCAGGAGGAUGGACAAGAGCUUGGAGAGGAAGACGUGGCUCUGGAGAGGAAGGAGGACAUGCUGGAGACCUGUGCUGUCCCAGAAAAUAAAGACCAGCUUACUUCCGUGAGCUGGGGAAACAGAAUGGGCCCGGGGGUUCAAUGGUGCCGUUAAAACCACUUAAACUAUGAACGCAUCCUAAAAAACUAAAAGAAUGUGGUAGCUUCUAAUGUGGUUUUUGCACAUUUAUGGUUAUACAUUAAAGCUGCUGUUUGUGUCUCACAAUCAUAUUGAAUGUUGCACCAAAAUUAAUUUUUGUCAGUGUGUAAUGUGUUUAACCCCUCAGUAGUCUUGUAACCUUGUCUUAGAGGCUAAUUUCAGUAGUGUAUACCAUUGUGUAAUGAACUAUAGUCCACUGAGCUGUAUACUGAGCACUUAUUGCUUGAAUCUAAAGAGCGGGAUCAUUCCGUCAUUAUUUCUGUGUCACGUCAAGGGAUGCUGAUGUGAAAAAGCAACACUUUAAAAUUAAGAAAAAUCACCACUUUAAAAUUAGAAAAAAGAGAGUGGAAGGAUAGGUUCUGAUGGAAUAAAAUUGUGAACGCAUGGACUGUGUGCGCAAGAGAGUGUCCUGUCCACACUCAGGCAUGGA